AUGUCCUCAAACAACCCAUCAUAUCUCAUUGUUGGGGCUGGUGUGUUUGGCGUAUCAACCGCCUAUCAUCUUAUCCAGAAGUACCCGAAUGCAUCGGUCACCCUGGUCGACAGGGAUGCCUUUGACGCCGAUGAUCGUGUGGCCGCUUCGUGGGAUUGGAACAAGGUGGUCCGCGCCGACUACGACGAUUUCGUCUACUGCCAACUUGCUCUGGAAGCGCAAGACAUCUUCAAGAACGACCCCCUCUGGAAGCCUUAUUUCCACCAGACGGGUGUUUACUGGAUCUGCCGGAGUGAUUACGCGCAGAAUGUCAUCAGCCACCACCACAAGCUCGGUCGUAAGGACGACAUUAUUGCGCUUCCCAUAGCUGAGGCCAAGAAGCUCUAUAACGGGCUAUUUGAGGAUGCUGACUAUACGGGCGCCAAGGAGGUGUUGGUGAACCGAGCGAGCGGCUGGGCUGCUGCGGGAGAUGCUCUGCGUGCCAUCACUCGAAAGUCCAUUGAGUUGGGCGUCAAAUAUGCGGUUGCUGAGACGGCAUCACUCAACUUUGACGGCAAGGGAACUUGCACGGGGCUGACGACAGCAACCGGGGAGUCACUGACAGCUUCGCACGUCAUUCUCUGCACAGGAGCCUACACGUCGAAGUUGCUUGAAUUCAGCGCCGCGAAGAGCGGCAUUCCCGAUCUCUCAGCGGGCGACAGAAUCCUGGCAGCCGGCAUCACAACGGGAAUGGCUCAACUGGAGGAUGAUGAGUACAAGAAGUAUGCUAAUAUGCCUGUUGGUUUCCAAGGGUAUACUGCAGUACACGGUAAGCCUUUUAUUGGUAGUAUCCCGCCAACGGCAGAUAGAGAACUCAAGUGGUGGGGAGCCAAGAUCUUCUCGAACACGCGAGAAGUCUUGCCUGGUCGUAAAGUCUCUGCGCCGCCACCGGCCAAAGACUAUGCCCAGUGGAAGGUGUCGCGGCAACUCAAGCAAGACAUCAUUGACCAACGGAAUCUCUGGUAUGGAAAGAAGAGCGAGGGAUGGAACAUGACCAAGCACCGAAUCUGCUGGGACGCCUUCACAACCAGUUCCGACUUUAUCAUCUCACCUCACUCGGCUGCAAAGGGCCUGUAUGUUGCGACUUGCGGCUCAUUCCACGGUUUCAAAUUUUUCCCCGUGCUUGGCAAGAUGAACCAUCCCCCACGACAACGACAGCAGUCACUCGAGGCGGUCACCGACACAUCCGAAAAGUCCUUCUCGGCAACUCCUCCGGCGCGGAAACAGAGCAUCAGUUAUCCCUCCGACAACUCAUCGACCGCGGUCGCUUUUGAUCCGGAUGACAUGGAGACAGGUCUCGAUUUAUACUUCAAAUAUUGUCACAGACAACCGAUCUGGUGCUUUGAGCGGGAGGAAAUCGGCGACUACAGAAACCUCCCCGAGGACCUCGCCAGCAGCAUUCUUGCCUUGACUUCUCGUUUCUCCGAUAAGCGGGACCAUCUUCAGUUGUACAGCAACAACGCGAAGACGCUCAUUAUGCUGCGCAUCGCCAAUGGCUCAGUCGAUCUUACGACCAUUGAGAGCCUUUGUCUUCUUUCAUAUUCUUCGUUCAUAGACGGAAACGUCCAUCUUGGUCAAUUUCAUCUCGGUCUUUCUCUUCAGCUCUGCCGAUCAGCAAUGCUCGACAUGGAAGCCGUGUACUUGGCCGAUGAUCCAAUGAAUGAUCGGAAGAAGCGCCUGUUUUGGAGCCUGCAAAUCCUUGAGCAGUCUUAUGGGCGGCAGGACGGUCUCUUAAGCGUGCCGACCGAUAUUUGGCGGCCUGCAUACUCCACAGGCGGCCGGGAUCAAAUGGAGUUGGAUUCCAAAGCACCACCUUUACCAAGAGACGAUCUAGGGACAUCAUCGCCAAGGGAGCCAGGGAUUUGGAACACGAGCGUUCGUCUGGGAUGGAUCUGGAGUCAAGUCAGGAAAUACGUCUCUGACUGCUCUCACAAUAUUCUCAAGGAACCUUGGCGUCAUGACUCGAUGUACGCGAGGGUUCUCUCCGACUUCAUGGAAACCGAAAACCGGAUCCCCAUGUGCCACCGCUACGAUUCCGUCAAGUUUUACGAGCGCAAGAUCGAUGAGCUGAAGAUGAACCGCGAUUACUGGGCUUGCUGGCUGAAGGAGCAGUUCACCUAUCACGCUAUACCGACCGUGUUGAACCAUCCGUUUUUGUACAUCGUCGGGGCGCAACACAAUCCGAACUUGGGUAUUCCGAACACUUUCUGGAGGAGAUCAUCAGAACAAGCACUGCUGCAUGCCACCUGGAUCGUUCGCAUGAUAGACAUGGUCGUCGACAAGCAAAUCCCGUUGGUAGACCCGUUCUUUGGGCACGUGGCAGCGAUUGCGGCCACGGUUCACCUUUACUAUUGCUGUGCAGCGGCUGCGAGGUUGAAGCAUAAGUCCAAUACCGACUUUGCGAAGUGCAGGAGGUUCUUGAAGAGUUUCAUACCUUGCUCCGCUGCGUGUGAUGCUCUAGAUCGCAAUCUGGAUAGAAUGACGCGCAUCGCCGCCGGCUCGGAAAGCAUGGAUGUCGAAGACUGGAUGCCGUCAAAGAUCUAUCUCAGCGUGCCGCUGAUGUGGGAGAUUCUGCAAUUCAAUUCUACCACAGACUCGCAAGAGAUCCCAACCGCUGGCUUGCUGGACGCCUCUCUAACACCGGCCAUCCCGCCCAUCGACACGAGCGAGAGCUCCACGCUUGAGAUCAUCGUUGCGACAUCGCCCGAAAUCACGAUCAAUACUGCAGAUGGCGGACAAGAGGCUCCCACGCUGUCAUACAAACCUUCUCCAAAUAAACACACCGUAUCUACUUCUGCCAACUCAUCGCGGCAGAAUGUCUUUGACACGCCAUCAGUCGAGCAGAUUGACAGCCUCACUUUCAACACCACACCUUGGUUGUACGCGGACUCGUCGCAACUUAUUAACAUUGGGGAGCUUCCUGAUCUCCAGUCGGAGCCCGGUAGUGCAUGGUGGGAAGGCGACAACUUCAACAAUAUCAUGUUUAAUCAGUUCUAG